CCUACUUAAUUAACACUAAAUAUUUAUAUAAGUAUACAUGUAUGCCCUGUAUUCCCAUCUCUCUCAUUCCACACUUUCACUUUCCACUCACUCCAAUCCAAGUUCAAACUCACAGCGAUGAAAGAAUUAUCGGCCUCCAACGAUCACAUCAUCGCCAAAGGAAAGCGCACGAAGCGGCCACGCCCCUCCUCCUCCUCCUCCUCCGCCUCCGAUGUCACUUCCAAUUUUUCCCCGACCACCUCUACCGGAAUAUCAAGCAGCGCCGAAGAAGACGAGGAUCUGGCCAACUGCUUGAUCCUCCUCGCCCGCGGAAACAGGAAAGACGGCGUCAACGUCUACGAGUGCAAGACUUGCACCCGGACUUUCCCCUCCUUUCAAGCAUUGGGAGGCCACCGAGCCAGCCACAAGAAGCCUAAACCCGCCCCACAAUUCAAUCAAGAAGAUGAGUUUGAAGAAGAAGAGGAAGAAGAAUCGAAAUUCGUCAAAAUCAACACGAUUACGCUUUCACCAUCAAGGCCUAAAAUCCACGAGUGCUCAAUCUGCGGAUCCGAAUUCUCGUCGGGUCAGGCCUUGGGAGGCCACAUGAGACGCCACCGUUCCGGCCACAAUACGCCCAGAAAUAUGCUAUCGUUGGAUCUCAACCUGCCUGCACCCAUCGAGGAGGCGGAGUUCCACGCUGGUGGAUUGUCACUACUCAGGGGGUUGACAAUAUUAAUUUGAUGUGAAUAAUUAUUUCUAGUUUUCUUUUUUUAGUAUAAUUCUAUGGUUUUGGUUAAUGAAAGUUAUGGAAUCAUAAUUAAGUGGCAUUACUCACACUUGCCGUUGUUGAUCAUCAAUCUUUGAAUCGAGACAACUAUCUUAUUUGGUUUUUA